CAUCGUAAUACGGCAAGCCAACCGGUUCAACACUUAAUAACUACCAAUUCAACGAUAAAGACACCGAGCAGACAGCCUGAACCGCGACGCCGCAGUCCCGUCCGGCGUACUCCAGAAUCAUGGACACCUGGCGGUUCUACAGCGAGCUGACGGAGCCUGACGACUACAACGGGCUCGGGCGAGCGGCUCAGGUCGGCCGGCCGGGGCGGCCCGUCACCGUCUCCCUCCACGAGACGCCGGUGCCGCUCGUGUGUGUCACGCUCUUCGUCAUCCUGUUGACACCGCCCGAGUACUGGCUGCUGCGCAACUGCCUGGUCCUCGGCAUGUUCAUGGGAUACGCCGGCUGCCGGUGCUAUCGUCUGUUCUGCGGUGAUGAGACGCGGGACGUAGAGCCGCUCAGCCGUCCCGGGCCGACCAAACCGCCGCCCGCCUGGAGCGCCGCUGACGCUGACGCUAACGCCGCCGCUGCCGCUGCUGAUGACGAUGGAGGCAACUCGCCGCCAGCCUAUCAAUACGCUGUGCAGGUCGAUGCUGGUCAGCAGCUGCCGAAUUUCACCAAGUCCAUGACGCAGUUCGGCAGUGUCGAAUUGUAGCGAUCGUUUAAGUUCCCAUCAAGUCAAGAGAACAUGCUUCUGGACCCCUGGAACACCUCUAGCUAGAGUGUGGCAGUGUGUACACAAUGAUCCAGCAUUGCAGAAAUAGUGAUCAGUGAGGUGCACCCCAAUUCUAAGCAUUGCACAAAUAAAUAUCAGUGUGGUGGUUGUGGUGUCUGGCAGUGCUGGGUCAGCUUGGUUGCAGUAACUGCAAUCAGUAGCACUUAAGGCAGCAGAAAGUUGACAGUGAUAACCAAAAACAGGU